AAGUACUUUCAACCGGCCGUACCAUUGCAAGCUGUGCCAGUUGGGAUUCAAGCGGCGUGGCAUGCUAGUCAACCACCUGCUCAAGUGCCACCCUAAAGUCCCUCUGUGCUCCGUGCAAGAGCUUAACCAACCACUUCCCAACACCAAGCUCAAUUACAAGUGCCCAUACUGCCAGAAGUACUAUCGCAGCAACGUGCGACGAAACCAACACAUAUCGAAGACCCACCCUGGCAAAGAUACGGUGAAGCCAAAUGCUGCUGUAGAGCUUGCACCGCCUGAUGUGUCGGACUCCUCAGCUGACGGAUGCGUUGCCAAUGAAGCUUCCUACCGAUACGCUGCCAAGUGCACGCUGUGCCAGCGAGAAUACCUCACCAACGCCAAACUUUACCAGCACUUCCGAAGACACCACCCCGAUGUGUGCUUGCCAUCAAGAGUACCUGAAAUAGCUGCUCUUGACCCUGGACAUCGUGUAGGAUUAACAGCGUCUGAAGAACUUGGCAGUGCUAACAGAAACGCUGUAAAUUUGCCAAC